AUGGCCUCUAUCGAUUACCAACCUGUUAAUAUUAACUCUGCGGAGGUAUUAAAAGGUAUUAAUGCUGGUAACUAUCAAGACUGUGAUUUUGAUAUCACCAAGAUAUCGCUAAGUGCAUAUCUUGAAACACGAGUAACCCCAUAUUUCCUACAAGAUGUUGACACUAUCCAAGCUCCUCCAAACAGCAGUGAAUGUAGUUUGUAUGAAAUCGCCCGUUGGUACGUCACUUUUAGGAAUUUUUUGGAGAGACAUGAUCUUGAUAAUUGUUUGAAGUACCCAUUUCCCAUUGAAAAGAAUGUGAUUCAAAGAGCAGAACAGAUCAUGAUUGAUAAGUAUGUCCCACCCAAAAUGUUUCCCUUAGAGUUUAAAUUAUAUUUUCCACUGAGUCAAUCUCCAACAAUAACGCUCGAGUUAUUUACUGAGAGGGUGUUACCUUCCACCUUAUUUGACAUGGCUAAUACGCUAUUUAGAGACCUCAAUAUCGAUGAUCCCAUGUUUAUAAGAACUCAAAUAAGGGUUAUUGACUUAUUAGUACAAUACAGUAAAUGCAGACCAUUGGCUGAUGAUUUGAAGGGUUCUAUGAUCCGUGAAAAGAUCAUACAAAAAUAUCAAUCUCAAAUCGGCAGAGAACAAUUGGAUGAAAUCUUGCCAAAGGAAAAUGGCUCUGGUGUAAUGUGGAAAGCAUUAGUAAGAAUUAACAAAGAAAUUAGGGUGCUAAGACAAAAUCAUCAAAGAGAGUGCCAACGUCGCCGUCAUCAAAAUCAAAAUCAUAUGAACAGACAAUACAAUCAUGGAGCGAGAAGAUACUCUUGA